CGUCUUGUUUCCCGCUAAAAUUGUGCUUGUCGUGAUCACUUGUUGCGUGCCUUAUUGCUUUUGUUUGCUCUUGUCGAGAUCAGUAUUAAAGUUGAUUUUAGUGUUUAAAUAGUGAGAAAUGGAAGGUUUUGACGAUCCCGGAAUAUAUUUCUCCGACAAUCUCUAUGGCGAAGGAGACCAGAUUCCAGAAAAUCAGGCAAAUUUACAAUCGGCCAAGAAGAAGUUGAAAGAGUUCAUUAGACAGUUUCACGAAGGCAAUUUCAACUAUAAAUACAGAGAUACUCUGAAACGAAAUUACAACCUCGGACAGUUUUGGAUUGAAGUAAAUUUGGAAGACUUGGCAGCUUUCGAUGAAUCUCUCGCUGAAAAAGUUUACAAGCAGCCAACCGAAUAUUUACCAUUGUUCGAAGACGCAGCAAAGAAUGUUGCUGAUGAACUCACAGCGCCUAGAUUUGAAGGCGAGGAGAAGGUUGAGGAUAUUCAAGUGCUUUUGACUUCCGAUGGCCAUCCAGUUUCGUUGAGAGGAAUGAAGCCCGACGUAGUCUCGAAAUUGGUAAAAAUUCCCGGAAUAAUAGUUUCUGCCUCGGGAAUCAGAUCAAAGGCGACGAAGAUAGCUAUUCAAUGUCGUACUUGUCGAAACAUUCAAACCAACAUUCCAAUAAAGCCUGGUUUAGAAGGAUACGUCUUACCCAGAAGUUGCACCACGGAGCAAGCUGGUCGACCAAAGUGUCCCUUGGAUCCAUUUUUCAUAAUGCCGGACAAAUGUCACUGUGUCGACUUCCAAGUUUUAAAACUGCAAGAACUGCCAGAUCACAUUCCACAAGGAGAAAUGCCGAGGCACAUGCAACUUUACUGCGACCGAUAUUUGUGCGAUCGUGUCGUUCCUGGGAAUCGAGUCCUUAUCUUGGGAAUUUAUUCGAUCAAGAAGGUUUCAAAGGCCGGAGGAAAAACGAGAGGAAAGGACAAAGCUCUGGUGGGAGUUCGCGCUCCUUAUAUUCGAGUUGUUGGAAUCGCUGUUGAUGGAGAAAACACUGGCGUUGGAACGCAUCCGCCAGUCUCUCCGGAAGAAGAAGAUUUAUUCAGAAGACUCGCAACUGAUGUGCAUAUUUACGACAAAAUCGCGAGGAGCAUCGCUCCCAGCAUUCUCGGUUCUUUGGAUAUCAAAAAGGCCAUAGCAUGCUUGCUUUUUGGCGGAUCUCGAAAAAGAAUGCCCGACGGACUCUGCAGAAGAGGAGACAUAAAUGUCUUAUUACUCGGCGAUCCAGGAACUGCGAAAUCCCAGUUGUUGAAGUUUGUCGAAACUGUUUCUCCUGUCGGUGUGUACACUUCAGGAAAAGGAAGUUCCGCUGCUGGUCUCACUGCUUCCGUUUCUAGAGAUCCAAUCACGAGAAAUUUCGUGAUGGAAGGAGGAGCGAUGGUGCUAGCAGACGGAGGAGUAGUUUGCAUUGACGAGUUUGACAAGAUGAAAGAAGACGACAGAGUGGCAAUUCACGAGGCGAUGGAACAGCAGACAAUUUCGAUUGCAAAGGCGGGAAUCACAACUUCCUUAAAUACUCGAUGCUCCGUUCUUGCGGCUGCCAACUCGAUUUUUGGCCGUUGGGACGACAUCAAAGGCGAGGAGAACAUUGAUUUCAUGCCUACUAUUUUGUCCCGUUUCGACAUGAUAUUUAUUGUCAAGGACGAGCACGAGGAGUCGAGGGACAUCAAGAUCGCGAAACACGUGAUGGGAAUUCACGCAAACGCUGGCCAGAUCACAGAGGAAUCAGUUGAGGGAGAAUUGCCCUUGGCCACUUUGAGGAAAUACAUCCACUACUGCAGAAUUCGAUGCGGACCAAGAUUGGAUAAAGAUGCAGGCGACAAGUUAAAAAAUAGAUACGUCAUGAUGAGAGCCGGAACUCGUGAACACGAGCGCGACACAGAAAAGAGAAUUUCCAUUCCAAUCACCGUUCGUCAACUGGAAGCUGUCAUACGAAUUUCCGAGUCUUUGGCGAAAAUGAGACUAGAGCCUUUUGCCACCGAAAUUCACGUGAACGAGGCUCUUCGGCUUUUCCAAGUUUCUACUUUGGAUGCUGCCAUGAGCGGAUCCCUAGCAGGUGCUGAAGGGUUUACUUCGGAGGAAGAUUCAGAGAUGUUGGCUCAUAUUGAGAAGCAAUUGAAGAAGCGUUUUGCGAUUGGUACCACCAUCUCGGAACAAAAUAUUGUCAACGAUUUUCUCAAGCAGAAGUUCCCGGAACGUGCUAUUUACAAGGUGAUACAUACGAUGAUUCGCCGUGGUGAACUUCAGCAUCGAAUGCAACGAAAAAUGUUGUUCAGGCUCUACUAAAACGACCUUCCAGACGGCGACUGGAUUGCUAGACGUGUCUAACAUAAAGUCACCACCAUUUUCGUGGACCGCCGGGGACAUAUCCGUCUCAUUAAGGAGAAAAGCAAAAGGCAUGUGAAUUAAAUACAUGUCCAGGUAUUCUAGCCCGAGCUUUUCGAGGGACAUUUUGGCGAAUCUCUCCACAUCGGAUGGUCGAUUUCCAUAAUUCGGCAACUGACAAAUCAUAUGGUCCAUUUGUAUAAAAUAUUUCUCGGUUUUAACUUAACAAUUAUUUACAACUUGAUGUUUUUUUUUUUUCACUUGCAUACCUUAGAAGUUAUGAAAAGAUCUUCGCGUUUCCCUCCUCUCUCGAACCAUUUUUUCAAACUUUUGCCAAUCGCAUCCUCGUUUUUAUAAUUGAAAGCUGUGUCUAUGUGUCGGUAUCCACUAUUCAGGGCAGCCAGUACUGCUGCCUCCAUUUCUUCCGGUUUUGCCUACGAGUUUUUUUUUUUUUUUAGAAUUUUGGUUUGGUUUUAAAUCGUUUGGUUUCUCCAAAAGAAGGGUAUUGUAAUCGUACGUAUAAGGUCUUGUGAAUAAAUUCAAUUUUUAUGAAAAGGA